AUGGCCCUGGUCUUGGGGAUUGUCAGCCUGCUGGGCUCUGUCUGCUUGGUGUCCGCCAAUAUCUUUGAGUACCAGGUGGAUGCCCAGCCCCUUCGUCCCUGUGAGCUGCAGAGGGAAAGGGCCUUUCUGAAGCGAGCAGACUACGUGCCCCAGUGCACAGAAGAUGGCAGUUUCCAGACUGUCCAGUGCCAGAAUGAUGGCCGCUCCUGCUGGUGUGUGGGUGCCGAUGGCGGCGAAGUGCUGGGCAGCAGGCAGCCAGGACGGCCUGUGGCUUGUUUGUCAUUUUGUCAGCUGCAGAAACAGCAGAUCUUGCUGAGUGGCUACAUUAACAGCACAGCCACCUCCUACCUCCCUCAGUGUCAGGAUUCAGGGGACUACACGCCUGUCCAGUGUGAUGUGCGGCAGGUGCAAUGCUGGUGUGUGGACGCAGAGGGCAUGGAGGUGUAUGGGACCCGCCAGCUGGGGAGGCCAAGGCGAUGUCCAAGGAGCUGUGAAAUAAGAAAUCGUCGUCUUCUCCACGGGGUGGGGGACAAGUCACCACCCCAAUGUUCUGCAGAGGGAGAGUUUAUGCCUGUCCAGUGCAAAUUUGUCAACACCACAGACAUGAUGAUUUUUGAUUUGGUCCACAACUACAACAGGUUUCCAGAUGCAUUUGUGACCUUCAGUUCCUUCCAGAGCAGGUUCCCUGAGGUAUCUGGGUAUUGCUAUUGUGCUGACAGCCAAGGGCGGGAACUGGCUGAGACAGGUUUGGAGUUGUUACUGGAUGAAAUUUAUGACACCAUUUUCGCUGGCCUGGACCUUGCUUCCACCUUCACCGAAACCACCCUGUACCGGAUCCUGCAGAGACGGUUCCUCGCGGUUCAGUCCGUCAUCUCUGGCAGAUUCCGAUGCCCCACGAAAUGUGAAGUGGAGCGGUUUACAGCAACCAGCUUUGGUCACGCCUACGUUCCAAGCUGCCGCCGAAAUGGAGACUAUCAGGCGGUGCAGUGCCAGACGGAAGGGCCCUGCUGGUGUGCGGACGCCCGGGGGAAGGAAAUCCACGGAACCCGGCAGCACGGGGAGCCGCCAUCUUGUGCUGAAGGCCAAUCUUGUGUCUCCAAAAGACAGCAGGCCUUGUCCAGACUCUACUUUGGGACCUCAGGCUACUUCAGCCAGCACGACCUGUUUUCCUCCCGGGAGGAUGGACUGGCCUCUCCGAGAGUAGCCAGAUUUGCCACACCCUGCCCACCUACGAUCAAGGAGCUCUUUGUGGACUCUGGGCUCCUCCGCCCAAUGGUGGAGGGACAGAGCCAACAGUUUUCUGUCUCAGAAAGUCUCCUCAAAGAAGCCAUCCGUGCGAUUUUUCCCUCCCGAGAACUGGCUCGUCUUGCUCUUCAGUUUACCACCAACCCAAAGAGACUCCAGCAAAACCUUUUUGGAGGGAAAUUUUUGGUGAAUGUUGGCCAGUUUAACUUGUCUGGAGCCCUUGGCACAAGAGGCACAUUUAACUUCAGUCAGUUUUUCCAGCAACUUGGUCUUGCAAGCUUCUCAAAUGGAGGGAGACUAGAAGAUUUGUCCAAGCCACUCUCUGUGGGAUUAGGUUCAAAUACUUCUACAGAAACUCCUGAAGCCUCUAAGAAGGAUGUUGCUAUGAAUAAGCCAACUGUGGGCAGCUUUGGCUUUGAAAUUAACCUACAAGAGAACCAAAAUGCCCUCAAAUUCCUUGCUUCUCUCCUGGAGCUUCCAGAAUUCCUUCUCUUCUUGCAGCACGCUGUCUCUGUGCCAGAAGAUGUGGCAAGAGAUUUAGGUGAGGUGAUGGAAAUAGUGCUCAGCUCCCAGACCUGUGAGCAGAUACCUGAAAGGCUAUUUGUCCCAUCAUGCAUGGCAGAAGGAAGCUAUGAGGCUGUCCAGUGCUUCGCAGGAGAGUGCUGGUGUGUGGAUUCCUGGGGCAAAGAGCUUCCAGGCUCAAGAGUCAGAGGUGGACAACCGAGGUGCCCCACAGACUGUGAAAAGCAAAGGGCUCGCAUGCAAAGCCUCAUGGACAGCCAGCCUGCUGGCUCCAGCCUAUUUGUCCCUGCUUGUACUAGUGAGGGACAUUUCCUGCCUGUCCAGUGCUUCAAAGCAGAAUGCUACUGUGUUGACGCUGAAGGUCAGGCUAUUCCUGGAACUCAAAGUGCCAUGGGGAAGCCCAAGAAAUGCCCCACACCUUGUCAAUUACAGGCUGAGCAAGCUUUCCUCCGGACGGUGCAGGCCCUACUCUCUAACUCCAGCACGCUACCCACCCUUCCCGACACCUACAUCCCACAGUGCCGUGCUGACGGGUGGUGGAGACGAGUGCAAUGCGAUGGGCCCCCCGAGCAGGUCUUCCAGUGGUACCAACAAUGGGAGGCUCAGAACAAGGGCCAGGAGCUGACGCCUGCCGAGUUGCUAGUGAAGAUCAUGAACUACAGAGAAGCAGCUUCUGGAAACUUCAGUCUCUUUAUUCAAAGUCUGUAUGAGGCUGGCGAGCAAGGUGUCUUUCCGGUGCUGUCACAAUACCCUUCUCUGCAAGAUGUCCCACUCGCAGCACUGGAAGGGAACUGGCCCCAGCCCAGGGAGAAUGUCCUCCUGGAGCCCUACCUUUUCUGGCAGAUCCUAAAUGGCCAACUCAGCCGAUACCCGGGACCCUACUCAGACUUCAGCACUCCUCUUGCACACUUCGACCUUCGGAACUGCUGGUGUGUGGAUGAGGCUGGCCAAAAGCUGGAAGGAACGCUAACUGAGCCAAGCAAGCUCCCAAUAUGUCCUGGCUCCUGUGAGGAAGCGAAGCUCCGCGUACUGCAGUUCAUUAGGGAAACGGAAGAGAUUGUCUCAGCUUCUAACAGUUCUCAGUUCCCUCUGGGGGAGAGUUUCCUGGUGGCCAAGGGAAUCCGGCUGAGCAAUGAAGACCUGGGCCUUCCUCCGCUCUUCCCGCCCCGGGAGGCUUUCUCGGAGCAGUUUCUGCGUGGGGGUGAUCCUGCCAUUCGCCUGGCGGCUCAGUCUAGUGAGUGCUGUGCCCUUCAGCCUUCUCACUGCAUUCCUUUGGAAGAGCAGGAGCUUCACUUUGUCUCUCCUCAGUGA